AUGGCCGGCUCAAUCAAUAAACCGAAGAAGCCCAAGUCCAAGAGGACGCCCGUCCGCCUCCGCCACAAGAUCGAGAAAGCUUCGGCGGCGAAACAACGAAAGCAGCGCAAGCUUGCCAAGAAGAACCCUGAGUGGCGCACCAAAUUAAAGAAGGACCCCGGCAUUCCCAACCUCUUCCCAUACAAGGAGAAGUUGCUACACGAGAUUGAGGAGAACCGCCUGCGCAAGAAGGAAGAGGCUCAAAAGCGAAAGGAGGCCGUGAAGGCCGCAAAGACUGGAGGGGAUCAGACUGAGGCUGCAGAUGGCGAGGAUGCCAUGGAUGGUCUUGACGAUGAGUUCGAGGACGACGAGGAUAUGGUUGAUGACGAGGGCAUUGACGAGUCAGACCCAAUGGCUGCUCUGAUUGCCAGCGCGAGGGCUGCCGCAGAGCAGUACGACCGAGAGCUACAGAGCGGGGACGACAUGGAUGAAGACGAUUCUGACGGCGACUCAGACGAUGAUGACUCUGGUGCUAUGGAGGUUCCUGGCAACGCGACGUCGCGGAAGGCAUAUGACAAGGUCUUCAAGCAAGUUGUCGAGCAAGCCGACGUAAUCCUCUACGUCCUGGAUGCUCGAGACCCUGAGGGCACACGAUCGCGAGACGUUGAACGCUCUGUCAUGGCGGCAGCCAGCGGCGGCAAGCGAUUGAUUCUGGUUCUCAACAAGAUCGAUCUGAUUCCGCCUCCGGUUCUAAAGGGCUGGCUCACUCACCUCCGACGCUACUUCCCGACCCUUCCUCUCCGUGCCUCCGGCGCCGCACCCAAUGCUCACACAUUCAACCAUCGUGACCUGACCGUGCAGAGCACCAGUUCAACGCUAUUCCGGGCGCUCAAGACCUUUGCAGCUACUCGGAAUCUCAAGCGUGCCAUCUCUGUAGGUGUCAUUGGCUACCCCAACGUCGGCAAGUCAUCCGUCAUCAACGCCCUGCUGUCACGACUCAGCGGUGCCCGAGGCCAGAAGACUGCAUGUCCCGCCGGUGCUGAGGCGGGCGUCACUACUUCUAUUCGUGCCGUUAAGAUCGAUAGUAAGCUGACGCUGCUUGACUCUCCGGGUAUCGUGUUCCCCUCGACGUCCGACGUCGCCGACUCGAACGGGUCCGGCGCCACGUUCGUCCCAAAGAACGCGACCGAGGCGCACGCCCACCUGGUUCUCCUCAACGCUGUGCCGCCCAAGAACAUCGAUGAUCCGAUCCCGGCCGUCACGCUGCUGCUUAAGCGUUUGGGCACCACGCCCGAGCUGAUGAAACGCCUGACUGACGUAUAUGAUUUGCCGGCGCUGCUAGUGAACCCGGAGAAUGGCGACGCAACGACGGACUUCUUGGUCCAGGUGGCCAGGAAACGAGGACGUCUCGGCCGUGGGGGCGUGCCGAACAUCAACGCCGCCGCGAUGACGGUCGUUACCGAUUGGCGAGACGGACGGAUCCAGGGCUGGGUGGACGCGCCUGUGCUAUCUGUUGCUAACGAAUCAGUCGCUGCUGUGAAGACCGGAGAGGCGAAUGCUGCUCCGUCUGCCGCCCCUGACCAGAAGCAUAUCGUGACGGAGUGGGCCAAGGAGUUCAAGAUCGAGGGCCUGUGGGGGGAUGAAAAGGAGGAGAGCAAUGAGGCGGAGAUGCAACAAUAA